AUGCUGCUGCCCCUGGCCUGCCUGCACGGCCGCGUCGCGCAGUGCCUGACCUCGCUCCUGGUGCUUGCAGAGCCGCGGACCAAGCCCCGGCGCGGCGCCAGGGUGCGCGGCGCGGCGCCGCCCUGCGUUGAGGCCGCCCCCGCCGCGCCGCCCGCGAAGAUGGCCGCGGAGCUGUACGCCCCCGCCGGCGCCGCGGCCGCCGCCACCGACCUGGCCAACAGCAACGCCGCCAGCGCCGCGGCGGGCAGGAAGGCCGGCCCGCGCUGCCCGCCCAGCGCGCCGCCCCCGGCCCCGCCGCCGCCCGCCCCCGCGCCGCCCGCGCCCAACAACAACAACCUGGAGAGCCCCCACUGGCAGUCCUUCCACCCGACGCUGCGCGAGAGGAACGCGCUCAUGUUCAACAACGAGCUCAUGGCCGACGUCCACUUCAUCGUGGGGCCGCUGGGGGCGGCCCGGAGGGUGCCUGCCCACAAGUACGUGCUGGCCGUCGGCAGCUCCGUCUUCUAUGCCAUGUUCUACGGGGACCUGGCCGAAGUCAAGGCGGAGAUCCACAUCCCGGACGUGGAGCCCGCCGCCUUCCUCAUCCUGCUCAAGUACAUGUACAGCGACGAGAUCGAGCUCGAGGCCGACACGGUGCUGGCCACGCUGUACGCCGCCAAGAAGUACAUCGUCCCCGCGCUGGCCAAGGCCUGCGUCACCUUCCUGGAGACGAGUCUGGAGGCCAAGAACGCCUGCGUCCUGCUGUCCCAGAGCCGGCUGUUCGAGGAGCCCGAGCUGACCCAGCGCUGCUGGGAGGUCAUCGACGCGCAGGCCGAGAUGGCCCUGCGCUCCGAGGGCUUCUGCGAGAUCGACCGGCAGACGCUGGAGGUUGUGGUCAGCCGGGAGGCCCUCAACGCCAAGGAGGCCGUGGUGUUCCAGGCCGUCCUGGGCUGGGCCGAGGCCGAGUGCAAGAGGCAGGGCCUGCCGGCGACCCCCCUCAACAAGAGGCACGUGCUGGGGCGCGUCCUCUACCUGGUCCGCAUCCCCACCAUGAGCCUGGAGGAGUUUGCCAACGGCGCCGCCCAGUCGGACAUCCUGACGCUGGAGGAGACCCACGACAUCUUCCUGUGGUACACCGCGGCCAACAAGCCCCUCCUGGACUUCCCCUUGGCCAAACGGAAGGGCCUCACCCCCCAGAGGUGCCACCGCUUCCAGUCCUCAGCCUACCGCAGCAACCAGUGGCGGUACCGCGGACGCUGCGACAGCAUCCAGUUUGCUGUGGACAGGCGGGUGUUCAUCGCCGGGCUGGGCCUGUACGGGUCCAGCUCGGGGAAGGCCGAGUACAGCGUCAAAAUUGAACUCAAGCGGCUGGGCAUGGUCCUGGCUCAGAACCUGACCAAGUUUGUGUCCGACGGGUCCAGCAACACCUUCUCGGUCUGGUUUGAGCACCCGGUCCAGGUUGAACAGGACACCUUCUACACGGCCAGCGCUGUGCUGGACGGGAGCGAGCUCAGCUACUUUGGACAGGAGGGGAUGACGGAAGUGCAGUGUGGGAAGGUGACCUUCCAGUUCCAGUGCUCCUCAGACAGCACCAAUGGGACCGGGGUCCAGGGCGGGCAGAUCCCUGAACUCAUCUUCUACGCCUGAGCCGCU